GUUAGCGCAGGGGAUCCGAGCAGGGCAGGACAUGUGAGAUAGUCACAGUUUUCCAGAGAUCACGACAAGAUCUAACCAGUCGCGCGUGGUCCCCGGCGCCGGAGCGGGCCAGCCCAGCCCAGCCCCGCGCAGAGCCCCCGCCACCCCCGCGCUCAGAGCCCGGCGCCCCUCGCCUUGAGCCGGACGGGGAGCCGGGAGGAGCUGCCGCUGCGCUUGCCACCCGGGUCGCCCUUCCUCCGCGCGCGCUGCCGCCCGGGCCGGGGGUCCGAGCCGCGCGCCCCCGGCCCCGGCCCCCGGGCGCCUGGGCCGGAUGUCCCGAUGAGAGAGCCGGCGCUGGCGGCCAGCGCCAUGGCUUACCAUCCGUUCCACGCGCCACGGCCGGCCGACUUCCCCAUGUCCGCCUUCCUGGCGGCGGCGCAGCCCUCCUUCUUCCCGGCGCUUGCACUGCCGCCCGGCGCGUUGGCCAAGCCGCUGCCGGACCCGGGCCUGGCGGGGGCGGCGGCCGCGGCAGCGGCAGCGGCCGCGGCGGCCGAGGCGGGGCUGCACGUCUCGGCACUCGGCCCGCACCCGCCCGCCGCGCAUCUGCGCUCUCUUAAGAGCCUGGAGCCGGAGGACGAGGUGGAGGACGACCCCAAAGUGACGCUGGAGGCCAAGGAGCUGUGGGACCAGUUCCACAAGCUGGGCACCGAGAUGGUCAUCACGAAGUCCGGGAGGCGGAUGUUUCCUCCCUUCAAGGUGCGAGUCAGCGGCCUGGACAAGAAGGCCAAAUACAUCCUGCUGAUGGACAUUGUGGCUGCUGAUGAUUGCCGGUAUAAAUUCCAUAACUCACGCUGGAUGGUGGCUGGCAAGGCUGACCCAGAGAUGCCCAAACGCAUGUACAUCCACCCCGACAGCCCGGCCACCGGAGAGCAGUGGAUGGCCAAGCCGGUGGCCUUCCACAAGCUGAAGCUGACCAACAACAUCUCCGACAAGCACGGCUUCACCAUCCUGAACUCCAUGCACAAGUACCAACCGCGCUUCCACAUCGUGCGAGCCAACGACAUCCUGAAGCUGCCCUACAGCACCUUCCGCACCUACGUGUUCCCCGAGACCGACUUCAUCGCGGUCACUGCCUACCAGAACGACAAGAUCACGCAGCUGAAGAUAGACAACAACCCGUUUGCCAAGGGCUUCCGGGACACCGGGAACGGCAGGCGGGAGAAAAGGAAGCAACUGACGCUGCCCUCUCUGCGCUUGUACGAAGAGCACUGCAAGCCCGAGCGCGACGGCGCCGAGUCGGACGCCUCAUCUUGCGACCCUCCUCCCGCGCGGGAACCGCCACCCUCCCCGGGGGCAGCGCCUAGUCCUCUGCGCCAGCACCGGACCAGAGCCGAGGAGAAGUCGUGCGCUGCCGACAGCGACCCAGAGCCCGAGAGGCUGAACGAGGAGCGAGCGGGGCCGGCGCUAGGUCGCAGCCCGGCCCUGGACGGCAGCAGUCCCCCUCGCUUGACCGAACCUGAGCGCGCCCGGGAGCGGCGCAGCCCGGAGAGGGGCAAGGAGCCGGCCGACAGCGGCGGGGAGGGCCCGUUUGGCCUGCGGAGCCUAGAAAAGGAGCGCACCGAAGCCAGGCGGAAGGACGAGGGGCGCAAGGAGACCAGCGAGGGCAAGGAGCCCAACCUGGCACCGCUGGUGGUGCAGACAGACAGUGCAUCCCCCCUGGGCGCUGGCCACCUGCCGGGACUGGCUUUCUCGGGCCACUUGCACGGGCAGCAGUUCUUCGGGCCGCUGGGGGCUGGCCAGCCGCUCUUUCUGCACCCGGGACAGUUCGCCAUGGGCCCUGGAGCCUUCUCCGCCAUGGGCAUGGGUCACCUGCUGGCUUCGGUGGCGGGCGGCGGCGGCAAUGGCGGAGGUGGUGGGCCGGGGACCGCCAGCGGGCUGGACGCAGGUGGGCUGGGCCCCACGGCCAGUGCGGCAAGCUCCGCCGCACCCUUCCCGUUCCACCUCUCCCAGCACAUGCUGGCAUCUCAGGGAAUCCCAAUGCCCACCUUCGGAGGCCUCUUCCCCUACCCCUACACCUACAUGGCAGCCGCUGCGGCAGCCGCCUCCGCUUUGCCAGCCACCAGUGCUGCGGCUGCAGCCGCCGCCGCUGCCGGCUCCCUCUCCAGGAGUCCCUUUCUGAGCAGUGCCCGGCCCCGCCUGCGUUUCAGCCCCUACCAGAUCCCGGUCACCAUCCCACCUAGCACUAGCCUCCUCACCACUGGCCUGGUGGCGGAGGGUUCCAAGGCUGCAGGAGGCAAUAGCCGGGAGCCCAGUCCUCUGCCCGAGCUGGCUCUCCGUAAAGUGGGGGCCCCGCCCCGUGGUGCCCUGUCGCCCAGCGGCUCAGCCAAAGAGGCGGCCAGUGAACUGCAGAACAUCCAGAGACUGGUGAGUGGGCUGGAGAGCCAGCGAGCCCUCUCCCCAGGCAGAGAGUCACCCAAGUGAGGGGGCUGCCCAGCUGCUCCGCUGCCACGCAGGCCUCCUGGGCUGCCUGCCCCUGCUGCUUGGGACCUGUACAGCACAGAAUGGGUAUUUAUUUAAAUAAAGGAGUAAAAGCGAGCUGAAGCAGCCGGAAUAGAGCCCCGACCAGCCAGUGAGACCUGGGACACUUUCCUGGGCCUCACAAGUAAUCCGGAAACUCAGUCGCUUUGGAGACACUGGACUCAGUCCAGAUCUGCUCCAGUGUCAAGGUGUCAUCGUCCGGGGGCCUCUUCGGGUCCUCCAGCUCUGUGGGGAGGCCUCAUCCCCGGCCAGGCCAGCGGUCUCUUCGUGAGCCAGGAGGUGCAGGAGUCAGGGGUGGGAGCUUCGGAGGGAGCCCCAGAGCCUCUAGCCUACUGCCCAGACCGCUUGAGAAUCUGGGAUGAGGGAUGCUCGGGUCAGUGAAGAUUGAAGUCAGUGUAGACUUAACUGGGAGGGAUCUGUCCUUUUAGUCCUCCCACUUCUUCCCCCCUGGGUCAGCGGAGGGAGUGGCACUUCUGCCUUGAGUCCCCAGGGAAAAAAGAUAUUUAUGAAAUAAAUGGUAAUUUGUGUAAAUAAGCUUUAAGAUUCCCAGAAUAUGCAAAUUGGUAUUAAUUUAUUCAAAGGUGUACAUGGCUGUGUACAUAAUAUUUAGAGAUUAACUCAUAGCAUUUAAAUUUUUUCAUUUUACAUGAGCAUCUAUAUUGUACAGGGCUGGGGGCGGGGAUUCCUUGGCUGCAGGAGAAGGCCCCGACCUCGGGAGGAGCUCCCACCCCGCCAGCCCCUCGGCCCCUCAGCCCGGGCUUUGCUCGUCUGGCCCGCGGGCUCCACCUCAGGUUUUCACUUUUCGCUCCGGAGCGAGACGAAACGACAAAAAACGAGAGAAAACAAUAAAACGCUACAAUGCGAA